AUGGCAAACUCUGAUUUUCCUUCUCCUUCAGCUGUGGAUUCUGGUUCUUCCACCACUACUGAGUCUUCUCAGCCCACUGUCACUAAUGACUCUUCUCAUCCCUUUUACCUUUACCCAUCUGACUCACCAGGGAUGAUCCUAUUUAACUCAAUCUUCGAUGGUAAGAGUUAUAGAGGUUGGCACAGGGCUGUAUUCAUAGCUCUCUCAGCCAAGUACAAACUUGGAUUCAUAGAUGGAUCUAUCACUGGGCCAGCAACUUCUUCUCCUUCUUUUAAGGCUUGGAAUAGGUGUAAUGACAUGGUGAUCUCCUGGCUAUUGAACUCACUCUCCAAAGAAAUUGACGAGAGCGUUCUCUAUUCAAAAACUGCCAAGGAAAUAUGGAAGGAGCUGGAGGACAGGUUUGGGCAGAGCAAUGGAGCUCUCCUUUAUCAACUGCAAAAGGAACUUAGCGACUUAGUUCAAGGAAAUUCUGAUGUUGUUGGAUACUACACUAAGUUCAAAAGAAUCUGGGAUGAAUUGGAUAGUUUUGAUACCUGUGUCUAUUGCAGUUGUGAAUGCUCUUGUGGAGGAAAGAGCAAAUCUCUCAAAUCUCAGCAAGAUGGUAGGCUCAUUCAGUUUCUCAUGGGACUGAAUGAGGCAUACUCUAGGGUAAAGAGCAACUUUCUGAUGGGAUCUCCACCUACCAGCAUCAAUCAUGCUUAUUCUCUGUUAAUCCAAGAGGAGAAACAAAACGAAAUUCGAUGUUGCUCAACAUCCAGUUGA